AGGGGGAACCACUUAUAAGCUUGACUAUUAAGCGGGCAUCUGUUCACUUUACCUUGACAUUGUGAUAUUAGUUGCUCAGAUAUGUAGAUAAACCACUCAUUUUGCUUGAUUUACGAGAUUUCUCCAAGUUUUUACCAGUGUUGGUUACGGUAUAAACUCAGUUCCGUGCGAAUAGAAAGGAUAUUGCUUAAGUAUGAUGCAUCAAUCAUUGUUCAUCUGCUGCCUAACUGUCGCUUUAGUAUGGGGGCAAAGGAGCCCCAAGUCCAUUGGCUUGCAGCCCAGAAUGGGCUACUCUUCCAGCAUUAUACAUCAGCACCCUGGUGGAAGCGAUCAGCAUGCGGAAAGCUCCAUUCAAGUCGAUUUCCACGGUUUCCAGGCAUUUGGCAGCGAAAAACGACCAUUGACUAGAAACUCGUUUUCGAAUGAGCCCAGCCAGGCCUUCAAUGUUGGGUACGAUUUGAGCUUCAAUAAAAACGACUACAAGCCGAAAGCGUUGAAAGAGCAUCGAUACACUAAUGUGGACGUAAAAAAGUUUGAAAAUGCUGAAGUGAUUACUGGCAGACUGAAGCUGAAUGAGAAAGUACGAGCGCCCGCUUCUGGGUCUGAGCAGCCUCAAGCUUUGGCUUUCCAAACCAGCAAAAAGCUAUUGGGUUCCUCUAAGGCCAGAUACGCAACGCCUGUUCAUGAGCAGUACCCGCAGUACCCAAGCCAGUCGCCUACUUUCACCUACAAUACUCAGCAGGCCAUUUUCAGAGACGUGGUCCAAGCUACCAGGCCGGAGCCUAUUCAGCUAAGUCCGGACCUCAGAAGCUCUUACCAAGCCAAUACCAAGUGGAACCAAGCGCCAAUAUCAGCACAUGUGGGGCGAUCCCGAUCGGGCGAACCACUUGGAAACUUCAAUCAUGAUGUCGCCCUAAGAAACAGCGAGUCUUUUGACUUCAGUCACGCUCAAGGUGAAAUGAGCUUCGGCAACAAAAGUCCUGCUACGGACAGUUUUUCUGCUGCAUCUGAGCAUGUUCCAGCUGCAGCCAGCGAUUUGAAUAACCUGAACAUUGAGGCGCAUAUUCCGAAGAAUCUGCGAGGUGUUAAACCGCUUCCUCUGGAUACCAGCCUGCUAAAAGACCCCGUUCUCACUACUUCAGCUAACAAGGACGCUUCCACUAAAUACGGUCGAGUUAUUCCCAUUCAUUUCGAUAUUCGUCCUUUGAAGAACGUUGCGCAAACCGGACUGGAUAAAGCCUAUGGAAAUUAUGGAAAUUUUCCUGCCCCCAGCCCGGAAAGUUUGACCUAUGAGGUAGGAUCUUCCAAUGGUGCAAAUUUGCGGAUGUAUGGAAGCCCGGAACCCAAUGGAAAUUUAGGAAACGGGUUCAUGAAUGGAAGGGACGAUGUCUAUAAGAUCACCUCAAUAAGGCCUCCGCCUAUCGGCCGGAAUUUUCGCUAUUAGAAAUUUUUCCAGACUGAUUUUUUAAAUCUAAGUAUCGGAGUUUGUUGUGGAUGUAUUUAUCAAAUUAGUUUUUUUAAUAAAAUAUUUUUAAUUUGCUA